AUGCCGACAAUAGUGAAGUGGAUCAGACUUGCUGCUGAAAGAGAUGUAAAACAACUAGACUUGAUGUUUUGUCCCAAAGAGGAGCACGAGGAUAUCCAAUUUCCCCUUUCUUUGGUAAGUUGUGGUUCAUGGGAGGAAUUAAGGUUGUAUUUGUAUGGAUGUCGUCUACGUUUGCUUAAUUUAGGAAGUUUAUCGGCACUUAGGGUUUUUGAGUUGAACGAUGUUAAGUUAUACAAUGAUGGUGUAAUAACAAGUUUUUUUAGAAGGUGCCCAUUGCUUGAGGAGCUGAAGCUCAAAAAUCUACUGUUUUCUCCAACUCAAAAUCCGGCUGAGUUGGGUGAAAACUUCCAUAAUAGCAUUGAGAUUUCUUGUCCAAAACUGGUGUUUUUGGAGUUACAAGGUCAUAUAAGUUAUUACAAUUUUAUCUUUAAAGGUCUAGACUCGUUGAAGAAAGUUGUGAUUGACCUGGAAGGAACACCAUCUGAAUUGAUGGGGAACACCAUGCGUGAGUUGUUUGCUGGAAUUUCCCAUAGGAAUUCAUGGCGAUUUGCCCACAAGAAGUUGGAAGAAGUUGAAACAAGGAGAAUCUUGACUCGCCGUCUGAAAAGAGUUGAGUUUCUUGAAUUCAAUGGAGAAGAUCGGAGCCUAUUGAUGGCACGUUCGUUACUGAUGUAUGGAAAUGAAUUGGAGAAAAUUGUUUUCAGUUGGGGUAACAAAGACAAGUACCCUCGCAAGUCAAUGGAGACUAUGGAGAAAGUUUCAAAUUUUCACAAGGCUUCUUCAACUGUCAAGCUGAUUACUCUCCUGAAAGAUUAA